GGGCACCCGCCCACCACCCAUCGGCGGCCGCGGCAGUGAAACUGUGCGUUUUGGAUGAUGGUAGUUCCUGGAAAUGCCCCGGUCAUACAGCAGAAUCAUGCUCUGGAGCCUGACCUAGGACGAGACUCAUCGGAGAGCUCUGCCAUGGGCCCUGACACGGAGCCGGCAUCCGAGGAGGUUGGCCCAGAGCUGGAGGAGGUGCGAAAGCUGCGGGAGCUAGUGAGGAGGCUGGAGAUGGAGAAUCAGCACCCAAGAACGAAGAGCAGCAGGAGCACGCUUGGGACGAACACGCAAAGUGAGAUCCACGCUGGUGUGGGUAACCAUAACUCUGGUCUGAAUGGGAUGGAAAUUAAUAAUAGCAUCAAUGCGAUAACUGAGAAGCAAGAAUUGCAGAUAAUGGCAGAUCUGCACAACAAAUUAAGCAAAAUAAGAAAAGAGGAAGGAGAGAACAGCUGCCUAAAAAAAGAUGUAGAUGCCCAAAUGCGAUAUAGUUGCAACAGUGCCACUGAGGAAUUGUCUUCCAACACGCGUAAGGCGGAAACGAAGACCGAUGAUAACGUUAGAUGUUCUUCACGUAUGGAUACAAGCAAUAACACAGAGCUUACGGGAAACGUGGUCAUUGCUGGUAUUGAUUUCUCAGUUAAAAUAAAUGAACAAAAUCCCAAAGAAAAAUGCGGAGAUCUAGAAGGUCUUUCGAAUAACGCAGAUCUGGAUGAAGUGAAAGUGAUAGAACUUGAAAAUUGCACUGAAGAAGAAGAUAGCUGGCUCUAUGUGUCCCCGAGAAAAACUACUACAGAUCAGAAAACGGACUCACCUUUAAAAUGGUGCCGACAAGUGUUGGAUAAUCCCAGUCCUGAGACAGAAGCAGCCUGCCGAACUCUUAUAAACAGACUCGAUCAAGCCAGUAGAUGGAAAAACCUGUAUUGCAGUCCAUUGGCAUCACCAAGCGCACAUAAUUUGAAUACAGAGACAGGCUCCUGUAGCAAUGCACUAAACUCUCCCGGGCAUCUCAAAUCGACUAACAAAGCACUACUAACCUGUGGCAGCUCAGGUUACUUGAGCAUGCAUUCUGCGCUGAGCUCUCAGUCAUCUGUGGACAGUGAGCUGAGUACAUCGGAUGACUCCAUCUCUAUGGGAUACAAACUGCAGGACUUGACUGAUGUCCAGGUUAUGGCACGCCUUCAGGAAGAGAGCCUCCGUCAGGAUUGUGCCUCCAGCUCUGCUUCUGUAUCACGUCGCAGUUCCAGUGCCUCCCUUCACUCCCUGCGCAGAGGUACCUACAGUGACCAGGAGUUCGACACAUACAGCCUUGAGGAUGAGGAUGAUUACGAUUGCUCCCUGUCAUAUCGUAGCGCUCACAGAUACUCGCCAUCUCCGCUCAGUUCGCCCCGAUGUCAGUCCCCUUCUUCCAGUGCAGAUUAUGGCAGGUCAUCUACUUCCCGUAUCCGUCCCCCAAGGAGAUCUGUGCAAAGUCCGAUGCAAGACCGGCUCAAGUACGCAAACAGUGAAGAGGAGAUGCGCCACAGCAUGCCCAACCUGGCCAGGACAAGCCUUCGAGCUUUGGAGUCUGUACGGAGCAGUCGGAGCUUGGAGUCGGAUCUGCAGGUGCCAAGCAGUCGAAUUCCAAGAACUCAGCAACGGUCAGCAGGUCUGGCUCCCAGUAAGCUCAGGUAUUCCUCCAGUGCUGGGCAGCCUCCCUUAACGGUGCGACAACCACUGAAAGCUGGGUCAUGCACAAACUCUCUGUUAACACCCAGGCAGCCAGUAAAAGCCUGCAGUUACACAAGUCCUGUUAGCGGAGUUCGAAAACCACAGGCGUCGUCACUUAGUACAGGCUCUUCCAGUAGCAGUUGCACUACCAGAGGCAGUAGUAUGGUCACUGUGGCAAAAAAUUCACCCAUUAAAGCACGCACAUCUGUUGGAGGAAUCUCGGUGCCCAAGAGCAAGCCGACACCACCAUCCAAGAGAGUUCUCCACUCAGCACAGGCCACUGAGGACGAUUCCUGGAAGGACGGGUGUUACUGA